UUCUAAGUUAAGAAUUCCGAAAAGAUCUUUUGUAAAUUCAAUAGUAAAAACAGAAGGGCAGAAUAAUGAUGAUUUGAUAAAAUUAUCCAUUGUUAUCACCCGUAAGAGUAAAAAAAUAUUUUUUAAAUCAUCCUAAACCAGAAGUAUUUCUGUCGCAUACAAUUGACCCCAUGAUUUUCUCUUAAAACUCUGUUAUAAAAUAUUUUCAGGCACCUAUAAUUGUAUAGGAAUUUUCCAUAUGUAAAAUUGUAAUAUUUGCACUAGGUGUAAAUGUUGCACAUAUAAUAUGAAAUACGGUAAAUAACUCAUAUCGAUGAGUAGCUGGUCAUAGCCUACUGAGAAAGUUUCUAGGUAUUCUUAUCACUUAUCAGUGAGUCCCAGUGACCACGUCCGGCGUUCUUAUCAGUAACAUUGACCCACUACUUCGCUACAUGUAGGCUAGCUAGUUUGUGUUUGUUUAGGUCCAAAGAACCAAUCCUCUAAAAUCCUUCAGUAGUUAUGAAACACGCAUAAUUUUUUGUGUUUUUUGAGGGAGAGCCGGAAAAAUGCUUUAUGCUCACAGGUGGCCCACCUGUCCUAAGGGCCUCCUCUAAGCGGUGGAAUGGAACCCACGGGAUACCCAUUAAAAACCUCCUCUAUUCUUUAGGGAUAUAACUUGGGAUUGUUUUUCAUAUCACUUCAGGCUAUGCCUACAUUUAGCUUACUCUCAAAGGGCUCUCUCCAUUUCUGGCCGUGUGAUCGUUCAUGUCUAGUCAGUCGGAGGACACCAUGGACAGAGUGUGAAACGCAAUCCCAGUUAUCCUUACCAUGUUUCCGAGGAUCUCGUCUAUCGUAGCUAACGUAUUUUAAAAUACCGUUUAGUUCUUUGGGUAGAGUUGUUGCACGUUGGGGAAGAGAUGGCAAAUAUUAGGUUUCAUAAAAGCACAGAUUUGGAAAAUUAAUUCAGAGAUAUUUUACAAACUUUUUGUGGAUUUAUGGAAUUGUAGCAAUUUUUUAUGUAGAUGUCAAAGACAAGGCUACUAUCUAAUUUUUGCUAUAAAUUUAAAGACUGUUAUAAAAAUUAUCUUGAGUUGUUUCAUGGCAGGAAUAGGCUCCUCAGAUCUGUGUGUAAAUAUAUUCUUAAUCAGUGAAACAAGGCUAAACCAAUUAUGACACAAAAAUAUUUAGACCAGAGUAAAUUAAAAUGGUCCCAAAUAUACACUUUUUAACACAUUUUCUUGGAUGUGGCAAUAAGGCUAACUCUACAUUGGCGUCGAAAUAUUAUUCACUUGAACCAUACCUGCAAAAACCACGAAAUGGGGCAGCAGUAGUCGUGGGGAACUUAAAGUAUUUAAAUAGUCUUAGUAGUAAACUACCACUUUGUUAGUAAAAGUUACCAAUUGGUUAAUUAAAUAAAGUGCAAUGAAGAGAGGAAUUAGAAAGAGAUUUGUUAUUUGGAAAUUUGAGUAAUAGAAUUGUAUUUAAUUCGACCACUACUUCAAUUAAAGCAGAAGUUGCAGAAUGAUAACAAAGUACCAAAUAUAUUAUUGUUAUUAAGGAAUUUUGUUUACGAAAAUGUCAAUUCCCCUUUAAAUUUUAAUUGUACUGAACAUUUAAAGUUUAGAUUUAAAGGAUUCGUUCCCACUUACGCAAAAUGGAAACAGUUAUUUCUAUUCUACAAGGCUUUAGUGAAAAUGUCAAAAUAGACUAAAUUUGUCCAUGUAUAAAUACAAAACACUAAAAUAUAAUCUAACCUAAAAGUUAACGUAUUGGCCUGUUGGUAACAUUUUUUAUGGUCUUAACUUUAAUUAUGGUCGACGUGUGUUUUUUAAAAUUUGAUUUCAGGUUACUAACAUUUUAAACGUUUCCAAUAUCUGUCCUAUUUUUGCAAUUAUUUCAAAAGCAAGUGCACAGUGUAAAACAUAUACAUUGUACGGUUCAGCGAUACACAGUGAUAUGUGUAAUGCCUAUUGAAGACUGUGGAGACUGUGACAGUGAUACUAUAAUACACUUGCUCUGACCGCCAUAGUGAAGAUGGAGAAGAAUACGACUCUGGGGCUGUUCCUGUCGCUGAAACCAUCGCUGUUGAUGAUGAAGACGUCUCCAGAACGGGAGACCGCGGGGCCGAUGGCCACCGUACACGAAGAGGACGAGACUGAUCUGGCGGAGGUCCCGCGUCUGAGGACCCGACGUCGCUCCAGCAUGAGUGACCUGGACAAGAUGAAGCGACCUAAGGGUCAGGAGGCGCAGGAGAGGAAGCUGGGGCUCUCGGGCCCCGAGGUCCUCACUGGGAGUAUCGGAGACUUGAUGAACCUGCCGCGUUACCACCAGCCUUGUUCUCGCCUGGAGUCUUCCAGCAUGGACUCUUUGAUAGCCCGAUCCGUGCCUCUUUCGUACGUCACACCGACCAAACUCUCUCCUCGAAACGCGUCCCCCACUAACCCCACGGCCGCCGCCGCUGCCGCCGUCGCCGCCACCAUCUCCACCCCCACCACCAGGCGACCCCGGGAACGCUCUACCCUCACCUGCACCCAGAGGACGGAGCGGUUCAGCAGACUGUUAGGCAGACAGAAGGCGAUUGUUCCUAACAUGUCCUUCGUCAGAGUCCGCACAAUGGUGAGUACAUAUCGAGUUGUGCAUCUCAGCAGGAAUUCAGCACUAAAAAAAUAUUAUUGACGAUGAACGAUUUGAGAAACAACAGAAUUACGGAGGUUGCAACAAGAGCACGAGCAACUAUUUGUUAUCUUUUUCAGGUAUUCAAUCUUAAAUCGUAAACUUAAGCGUGCAAACGUACACAUUCAGCAGAAUGUCUUUAGAGUUUGGUUGGAAUUGCUCACUGGGAAAAAGAGAAGGGAGAAAUCGAAAUUUGGUGUGGUAAAGAAAGUGGUGAGACACAGAAUAUUUUAGUGUUACUGAUUAAUACAAUUUAUUUGCGUUAAAGUAAACCUAGUGAUAUUCAUUAGUUACAUAGGGCUAAGGUAUGAUGGCAACUAUCGACCCUUUUGUCAUUUUCUGCGAAAUUAUUUGAGCUUCUGACAUCAUGAUCAGCUUUAUUGAAUUUACAGGCUGCAGGUCCAUGAUGUUACAAAAAUUAUUGUGAAUGGUUCGUGUUAAACUUGGGGCACGUUUAUGUCAGAUAACCACUCCUUGCGAUAUGUAGCCUAUUUGUAAGAUCUUAAAACGAUAAUCGUGGGGUCCGCCAAGGUAUAGCGUUAUGUCCGUUUUUCUUUUUCCCUCUACUAAUAAAAUGUAUAAAGUUUUCUGAAUAGUAAUAUUGUUAUUACUGAAUUUCUUACAGUUAACUGGAAAUGUAAAAUAUUAUACCCACACGAAUAUAAUACGAGGAGAAAUGCAAGC